AUGUUCAAGCCCCACUCUUCUUACCGGAACCAUCUACACUUGGAAGUAGCUAAACAUUACAAAAAUUCAUCUGAUAGUUAUUUUGUUCCAGAAGUUAAAACAAAAAUUCUAAAAGAGUGUUAUUCCUGCCAGCAGAUUUCUGAAGCCUGUGCAGCUGUCAAUACAGGAACCAAAAAUGCCAGGGACACUUGGAUAGCAGCAAAAGGAGCCUCCAUCUUCCAGUCGAGGCAUAUGAAUGUAUGGUUGAGAGAACAAAUUAACUGCCUCAUUAAUGAAGGGAACAACAUCAAGGCAAAUAUUUUAGAUUUACAAGGAGCUAUGAGAAACAUGAAAGCUGAGCUCAAAAGGAUAAAGCAAGCUGAAGAGACAAUCACUUCCUUAGAAACAGAGAUUGAAGCAGCAAACAAAAAUCAGCAAGAACAGACUGUGACGGCAUCUUUAGAGGAACAGUAUCUUAAAAAGCUGGAGAGGGACAAUGAAAAUUUACACUUGAGAAUCUUCAUGUUUUCUGAGAAGAGAGAGCUCCAGGAAUGCAAACUGACCUGUGGUGAAGAAGAUGAAGUUUUUACAAAGAUGAAACACCAAAUCCGGGAACUAGAAGAGUAUAUACAAGAAUACCAAGUGAAAAUACAGGUUCUUCAGGACAGAGAGAAAGCCCUGCAGGGUGAGCUGUCGGCUGUUGCGAAAGACAAGGCUCGACAUCAGAUCAAGUUCCCAGGCAAGUUUUUGAACCUUCACCCAAAGAGCUUGAUGUAUGAAAUAGCCAGGGCUGAACUGGAAGAAAAAAUGCGAAGGGAAGAAAAAUCUGUGAAAAAACAGCUUUGUGGUGGUAGGACAAAGGUCACCUGGGUCUUGAUAGUUUUGUGGCAUUUGGCUGGUGUCCUGCUGGUGAUUCUCUUGACCUUGCUUCUGGUUGCCCUCUUCAUCCUCAGUGCCUGCCUUUCCAAUCACUCAGUGACAGAGGCGUAUCAGCGGCCCGUGUGGCAGUUCCUGGACUAUUACUUUCAACCAUAUAUGCAACUAUACAGUACUGGCAUCUUACCAAAGUGA